CCACUCUCACUAUUACUAAUACUAACUUCCCACUAAUAAAAUUCAACCACAAAGUAACGCCGCUACAACUCCGUCACCGUCAACCUUCUCUCUUCUUAUUCUUAUUGCUUAGCCUCCUCCUCCUCCUAUCCUAUCCUCUGCUUUUCUCUUUUAAUAUUUAUUUCUUUUUAUUUUUUUAUUUCUAAUGAAACACACAGAUUCUUCUACUUUUUGUUUUUCCCUUUUUAUAUUAAGUAAUUCCUUUUCGAAGUUGCUACCUUCAGCUUCAAUUUCAAUGACUCGUAGGUUUUUAACGUCCUAAAUGAAAAAUAGAACAAGGGUUUUUAACCAUUUCACCUAAAGUUUCAAUUUUUAUUUAAUCUGAAAAGAAAUGUGGGGUAGGUGGUGGUGUUCUGGUGGAGGUUUUAGAUUAUUGAGGAAAAGGACAUCUUCUAUUGUUAAUUUAAGACAUGGCUAUGAGGAAAAGAUUAAUCCUUUUGGUCCUCAUUUGUUGGGUUUGAGGGGUUUUGGUACAGUGAUAUGUGGUGUUAAUGAUGGAAGGAGAGAAGGGUUGGCAUAUUUGUCAGUUAUGAUGAACCAGAUGAAGAGGGGUUUAUCAUCUUCCACUGGAGAUGGUGGUGUUAGUAAUGGUAAUGGUAAUGGUAAUGGAAAUGAAGAAACUUUAUCAUUUUCUGAGGCUAAGAAGCUUAUGAGAUUGGUGAAUGUGGAAUCACUUAAGAUGAAACUUGGUAUGGAAGGGAAAGAAGUUAUUUCUUAUUUUGAACUUCUUCAAGCUUGUGAGAGUUUUGGUAUUGCCAGGAAUAAAGAGGAGGCUGCAACAUUUGCUAAAGUUCUUGAUGAAGCUGGGGUUGUUCUACUCUUCCGAGAUAAGGUUUAUCUGCAUCCUGAUAAGGUGGUGGAUCUGAUUCGAAGAGCCGUUCCACUGGCACUGACUUCUGACGACGAUCCUAUGAGGGAGGAGUUAAAGAAACUGCAAGAAAAGAAAAUUGAAAUCGACAUGUUGGCACACAAACAGGUGCGACGCGUCCUUUGGUCUGGACUAGGAUUUGGUGUAAUUACUGUCGGGCUGUUCUUCUGGCUAACAUUCUGGGAACUUUCAUGGGAUGUAAUGGAACCUAUUGCAUUUUUUGUGACCACUACUGGUUUAGUCACAGGUUAUGCCUACUUUUUAUUCACUUCAAGAGACCCUACUUACCAAGACUUGAUGAAGAGGCUUUUUCUUUCAAGGCAGAGGAAGCUUUGUAAGAAACGGAAUUUUGAUGUUGAGAGAUUCAUAGAGCUACAGUGCAAGUGCAAAACAUCUCUACAUGCUAAUACUGUUUUGAAAAAUAGCAUGGGGGUAGAACCUGAUCUUGAAGAUAGUUUACAUAGAGAUUAACAGAGCAAGUUAACCUUGAUCUCCCUGUUUUAACAUUGGUUGGAGAAUGUUUAAACUAAUGUAGUUUUGGCUUAUUGGUCAAUGGUUAAUACACACACAUUUCCUUCAUUUUCAUGACCAUGCAUAAAAUCAUAUGCAAACAUUAAUACACACUUCCAUUUGUUUC